GUUUGCCACCUGGAAAUUCCCAGAGGAGCAGCAGAACAGCGACGAAUCGCGCUUCCCCGUCAAGUUUCAGCGGCAGAUCUAAGGUGCUUUCAGCCGAAACUGAACUUUUUCCUACUCUUUCCUAGGUUGGGGCGAUCCUCGUGGCCCCCUGAUGUCUUCCCGGGUCCAAUUCUUUCGGCCCGUGCCGGUUCAGGAAGGCUGCUAAACGCAAAAGAUGGAUGGAUGGAGCUGGAGGGGAGAAAGUCGGACGCCGCUGUCAAGACCUUGGAGAAGAGCAGGAGAGAAAGAGAGAGAAGGAGCCCCAAGGGAGGAUGGCCUAUCCGGGUCGAUUCGGGCGCAUCGGAGGCACCUGAGCCGAGGCAGGCACGUGCGGAGCAAAAAAAGGAAAAGGAGAAAGGGAAAGGAGCGAUGGAACGUUGACCCGGGAAUCUGGAGCGCGCGGACUUUCACUUGCUGGAACUAUGAAUGGACGGGGGCGCGCGGGCUGAUUUCUCGGAAAACAGUGGGGCGAGAAGAAGGGGAAUCUGCCCUGGCCGCUUCCUAUUGGCCUCUCGUCUCCUCCGCACGCCUGUUUCAUUGGCCCGGGGCCCACGGGGGGGCGGGGGGUGGUGGUGAAGGUAGUAGCCCACCCAGCCUCCAGGUUCUUAUACGUACAGUAUAUAGGCAGAAGAGUUUCUUUCUAACUUUCUCCGACCUGGCAAACCGGCUCGCGCAAAGUUGAACGGCGUUGCAACCAGUCCAGAUGUGGAGGAUGUGUGACCGAAACAACGGCAGGCGGCUGAGGCAAUGGCUGAUUGAACAAAUUGACAGUGGGAUGUAUUCUGGCUUAAUCUGGGAGAACGAGGAGAAAACCAUGUUCCGUAUCCCAUGGAAACAUGCUGGGAAACAGGACUAUAAUCAAGAAGUUGACGCCUCUAUAUUCAAGGCGUGGGCCAUAUUCAAAGGGAAAUUCAAAGAAGGUGACAAAGCUGAACCGGCUACAUGGAAGACAAGGUUACGAUGUGCCCUAAAUAAGAGCCCUGACUUUGAAGAAGUGACUGACAGAUCCCAGCUGGACAUCUCAGAGCCGUACAAGGUCUACCGUAUUGUUCCAGAGGAAGAACAGAAAUGCAAGAUGGGAAUGGGUACCGGGAGCAGCCUGAAUGAAAUGACAGACAUGGACUGCAGCCCUUCGGCAAUAGAUGACUUGAUAAAAGAGCCCCCUUUAGGUGUGGAGGAAUAUCUUGGCACAAUAAAACGAAGCCCUUCGCCACUUCAGGAGAAUUGCAGAAAUCAGCCAAUACCAGACUGGUGGACGCAUCAGUCAACUCCUGCUUUGUCCCUUGCGAGCGGAUUUGCUAGUUAUGACUCUCUUCAUGCAGGGUAUUGCCAGAUGGUGAUCAACUUCUAUUAUGGAGGGAAGCUGGUGGGGAGCACUACCACCACGCGCCCGGAAGGUUGCCGGAUCUCCCUCGGUGAAUUGCCUUACCCUCUGGAAAGCCUUGAACAUGUGUGCUUCCCGUCAGCGGAUGUGAUCCUGAGUGACCGGCAAAGGCAGAUCACCAAGAAGCUCUUUGGGCAUCUGGAAAAAGGUGUCCUCCUGCAUUGCAACAAACAGGGUAUUUUCAUCAAGCGGCUGAGCCAAGGCAGGGUCUUCUGGAGUGGGAACACCAUGCUCUACAAGGACAAGCCUAACAAGCUGGACAGAGAUGAGGUGGUCAAGAUUUUUGACACGAACCACUUUCUCAGAGAGUUCCACCAGUAUUACAAUAAUCAAGGCCGUUUUCCGAAUAGCAAAGUUAUCCUCUGCUUUGGAGAGGAGUUUCCAGAUGCAACUCCUUUACGCUUCAAACUGAUCCUUGUUGAGAUUGAGCAGCUGAGCAUUCGUCAGCUGUUGGAGCAAACUGGGAAGAAUGAGGGCAACAGCCUGAUCCAUCCAGGGGGAGAAGUUCAUUAUGACCUGAUGUACAGAAACUUUCAGGAUUCCUGUGUGCCCCACCAGAGACCUGUUUUCAGAGAAAACCAGCAGAUCACUGUCUGAGACUUCUUCAUGGAUAUUUAGCCGAUGUAACAACCGAUUUUUAAAAGAGACUUAGUUGAUAUGAAUCUUGCAUCAUCCUUAUGUACUGAUUUCUUUUUGGGAAAUUGUUCUGGAUUAUGCAUGUGGAUAUAGACUUCUAUAAGUAUGUCGGGAGGUUAUUUUGUUUUCCCAUUCAGAAUUUUUACUGUAAGAGACCUGGAUUACACCUUUCCUUGGGCUUUUGAAUGCAGUCCUGUGUAAAUUGAAACCAGGGCCUGGAAAAAGUUACUUUUUGAGCAACAGCUCUCAGAAUCCUGCAGGCAAAUAUGAUAGCUGGCUGGGUCCAGGAGCUGUAGUCCAAAAUAUUUAACUUUCUUCAUUUUUAGCAUGGCCUUUGGCAUCUAAAGCAAUGGUUCCCAACCUUGGGUCCCCAUAUAUUAUCAGACUAAAACUCCUGGAAGCCUCCACUACUAGCUGUGCUAGCCAGGAUUUCUGGGAGUUGCAGCCCAAGAACAUUUGGAAACCCAAGGUUAGGAAGCACUGAUCUAUGGGAUGGAGAUUUCAUAGUGGUUCCUUCCCCGCCAGGAACAUAUUUGCUUAUAUUGGCCACAAGUACUACCAGUCCUUGGGAGUGUUGUUGUUGUGUCUAUGAUUUAUCAAGAUAAAAAAUGUAUAGAACCACUUUCUGCAACAUGGCGCCCUCCGGUUGUGUUGGAGUGACACUCACUGUUGGCAUACUUGUUGGGUGGUGAUGAGUUUCAUAGCUUUGGACAUUUGGAUGUUGUCCGGUUGAGACAGGUUGAUUUAGUGCAAACCCAUAGAUGCCUCAGUGGAAGAAUUCUGUAUACUUCACAUGAUGAAUGGUUACAGCUUACAGACAUGCAGGUAAAUCACCUGAUUUUUACACACACCACCAGUGGCAGCUAAACACAUGGGUUCUGUUGAAAUAAGCCUUGUGUCCAUGGACAAUUGAUUGGUAGCCAGCCGCCAACAACCUGAUCCUCUGAGGAUGAAGCCAUUCCUUAAUGAGAAACUCAUCAAGCGACGAAUACAUAUCAUUGAACCCGGCUGUAACUCUUCUACCACUGGAAAGAAACUGCUCUUCAAGUGCCUUAGACCUGCUUUGCCAUCUAUGUUUUCCAAAAACCGACAAGAAAAAUAUAAGACUAAGAGGUGAACUCAUUUUUCAUAGGUGGGAAUCUAAGUCUUCCCAUCCUCUUUGACAGGAGAAAACUUUGAUACCAAGGUAGCUUUGUGCCUUGUUAAGAUGCUCCAUAUGUCUAUGUAUUUUGUGUAUGUAUAGGUGGCAUAUACUUGUGCAGUGAUUUUACUUUUUAGAGGUUGACUUUUGUUUGCAUAGAAAAUAAGUGCUGUAAGUAAAUUGCUUAAAAUCUGAUUGUGAGGAAUAGCGAAGAAUACAAGACCACCUUUGGAAAAGUUAUUUGCUUGAACUGUGACUCUCAAAAGAUCUCAGCUCCUAGAAACUCCUAUUGCAUCCAGGGAACCCUGGAAGUAGUAAAAAAAAUGUUUUUUACCUUCUACUGAGUAGUUGUACAGGAUUAUUUUUUUAGCUCUUCAGGGAUUAAGGCAGAGUCAAGAGAUUUUUUCCUUAUCUGCUGCCUGAUCUUUUUGUAAGCUCAUUUCGUUUUUUUAAAACAAUGUGAAACAUAUUAUUUCUCUUGUGUUAUUUAAUGAGGAAGGUGUUCUCAGCAACUAAAAUGUUCUAAUUAUGACAACAGAAUAGAACUGUUGGAUCAGUUUUUGGGAAAAAAAAAUUCAUUUUCAGGACCACUCUUCUCAGAAACCUCCGGCAGUAUAGCCAGGGUUCUAAGGAGGAAAUACAACAAUCCAUUUUAAAGCUCAAACUAGAUGUUAAUGGAAUUGCUUACCUUCCAAUGACCAGUUUAAAAAUAAUGCACACUUAAUGCAAAAUACAGAGGUGAGGAAAAACACAAGAUAUUACAAACAGUUCUCUUUCACCGCCUGAAGGAGAACUGCUUUUAAACAAAUGUUAAGUAUAUUGCCUAAUUUGACAUUCAGUUCUCUUGUGAAUAUAUAAGGGACAGGAUGCUGAAUAUCCUGUGGGAAUAGAAGAAGUAUUUGUGAUCUGUUGAUCCUUAGAGAAAAGGCACAAAAUUCACACUAUGGCAUCAUGUUUCUUAGAUGCCAUGACAUUUUUGUCUUCUUUCUUCUUUCUUUUCUUUUUCUUAGGAAUGAGCUGUGUUAAUAUUCACAUUAAUAGGACUGUAUCAGCAUGGAGUCUAUUGGGAAGUAUCUACUUAGGAAUAUUUGAAAACCGUGACUCCUUCUUCAAAUGUGUGCAGAAUGGCCUCCCAUUCAAGUCUAUGGAGGCAAUCAUCCCAUGGGCUAAAUCCACUUCCAUUUCUAACUAGGCUUGUAACCUUAAAAUCAAUGGGAUGGAGGUUAAUAAGUCCCAUCUGCUUUAGUGGAUCUCCUCCAUUUGUGACUAAUAGUGGAUUUAUCCUCACAUGUACAGAACACUCUUGCCACUGACAUGCCUGGGCGAAUGCCGCAAAUCUUAUAUGCCAUGGAUUUUGGCUUGGACAAUCGUAGUUUUGUGCUGAGAUUGCAACAUUAAGGAAGUAUUGUGUAUGUUACCACUUGGAAUUUCAUAAGGAUAUCCCAGCCACAUUCAGAUGGGAAAGGACAGCUUCUCCGAUGCUGACCAAGAUUUUAAACUAAGCAGCUAACCUACAAAACGACAAUGACUAGCAAAAUCCCGAACCACAGGUAUCCUUUCUCUAUGCCCAGAAGUUCAUUCUGUGUAAGUAUUAGGAUUUUUGCGUCUUUGAUCCUUUGUACUAAGGACCUUAGCAUCUUUAUAUAAGAUGCCACCAAUAUAAACCUAGCAUGCUUGUGUGUUUACUGAUUUUAGCAGCGGUGUAGAUUUUUUGUUGUUGUCUUAAAAAGGCAUGUUGUCAUUUUACUGUUAGCUGAACUGUGGCUUUGACCGUGUGUGUUUCCAUGCACACGUUGCAGCUGCGUUGCUCCCCUGUGAUGCUCUCUCAUGUGCAAAGACUUCCCCAUUGAGGCCAGAAGUGAACAGCGUAACAUGUGGUCAUUAGAGUGCAUGUGGGCAUACAUAGAGCUUAGGAGCAGGAUGAGACUCUCUCUGGCCAGUUAGCUCAAUAUUUAUUUUAACUGCUCAUUUCACUUGUUUUGCGAUUGUUGGACCAAAUGCAUCUGCCAAUAAAUACGCAUGUUUUAUUUUUAAAAA